ACUUCUAACGGUUCCAUUUCUCGCCGCGAAAAAGCGCUUUCGUUCUCCUCUUCUCUCGGUCCCGGCUACGAACCUAUUAAAGCAGCGGAGAAAUCCUUUCCUCUAUUUUUCUUCCACCUAAGUUCUCCUAAUCUUCUUACCUAUUCAACCAGCCAUUCACCCUCAUUUCACGCCUAAUUUCUUCCAUUUUACUCUCUUUCUUUCCGAUUCCGAAGAAUCGCCAUCUAUUUCUCCGUUUCCGCAUUCAGCAAUGGAACACUCACCGGGUAAGGAUCGCCGUGCUCGGAGCUCCGGCAGCUCCGACGAGGCAUCCGUGGACUUGGGAGCAGAAUCACAUUCAGAAAGCGGGGAUUCAAACGGAAGCGAAUGCGGAUCGCCGCCGCACAGCGCCGUAGAUGAUGAUUCAACAGAUCCUGUGACCCCUUCAGCUCAGCACGAUAAAACCGAGACAGGCAGACAACACUCUCUGACAUUGCUAAUGUCAAGAUUUUUUGAUGAAAAUGUCUCGAUUAGGAAGAAGCACAAAUUGUUGGAAAAGCUUACUACCAUUCAAGAUGAUGGAACUGUACAAUUUGAAGUUCCAGGAGAUAUUAAACCUGAACACUUUGAUGUUGAUACUGGCAUUGUUGACAAUGGAACUACAGAGGAACACGCUAAUGAUGGAGAAGAUAUUCAAGACUUGCAUCCACUCCAAAUUGUUAUGCUAAUUGUUGGAACCAGAGGAGAUGUACAACCAUUUGUUGCUAUUGGGAAAAAAUUACAGGAAUAUGGUCAUAGGGUGAGAUUGGCUACACACUCCAAUUUUAAAGAGUUUGUUUUGGAUUCUGGGUUGGAGUUUUAUCCUCUUGGUGGGGAUCCAAAAGUCCUUGCUGCUUAUAUGGUAAAAAAUAAAGGUUUCUUGCCAUCUGGGACUUCUGAAAUACAUAUUCAACGAAAUCAGAUAAAAGAUAUUGUAUUCUCCUUACUUCCGGCAUGCACAGAUCCCGAUCCAGAAUCUAAUGCUCCAUUCAAAGUAGAUGCCAUCAUUGCCAACCCUCCAGCAUAUGGGCAUACUCAUGUUGCAAUGGCCCUUAAAGUACCACUACAUAUAUUUUUUACAAUGCCAUGGACGCCAACAAGUGAAUUCCCGCAUCCUCUCUCUCGUGUUAAGCAAUCAGUUGGAUACAAACUAUCAUAUCAAAUUGUUGAUUCAUUAAUAUGGCUUGGCAUACGGGAUGUGAUAAAUGAUUUCAGGAGGAAAAAGUUGAAACUAAGGCGGUUUACAUAUUUGACUAAUUCUUUCAGUUCACCUGAGACCCCUUAUGGAUAUAUCUGGAGUCCAAACCUUGUUCAUAAACCCAAAGAUUGGGGUCCCAGAACUGAUGUUGUUGGGUUCUGUUUCCUAGACCUUGCUUCUAAUUAUGUUCCACCAGAAUCACUUGUAAAAUGGCUUGAAAAUGGCCAAAAGCCCAUCUAUAUUGGCUUUGGCAGCCUUCCUGUUGAAGAACCAGAAAAAAUGACUCAGAUAAUUGUUGAAGCAUUGGAAAUUACGGGGCAGAGAGGCAUAAUUAACAAAGGGUGGGGUGGCCUUGGGAACUUGAAGGAGCCAAAGGAUAAUGUGUAUUUGUUGGAUAAUUGCCCUCAUGAUUGGUUGUUUUUGCAAUGUGCUGCAGUGGUGCAUCACGGGGGCGCAGGAACAACUGCUGCUGGCCUUAGAGCUGCGUGCCCGACAACUGUGGUACCUUUCUUUGGUGACCAACCUUUUUGGGGUGAUCGUGUACAUGCUAGGGGAGUAGGUCCUGCACCUAUUCCUGUAGAUGAGUUUUCACUUGACAAGCUUGUUGCUGCCAUUCAGUUCAUGCUAGAUCCCAAGGUGAAAGAGCGCGCUAUUCAACUGUCAAAUGCCAUGAAAAACGAGGAUGGGGUAACAGGAGCAGUAAAAGCUUUCUACAAACAUUUUCCUCGCAAGAACCUUGAGCCAGAAACUAAAAUAGUUCCUCAUCGUCGUCAUCACAGUAUGUUCUCUAUAAGGCAAUGCUUUACGCCGCCUACUGGUUCUGUGAAAGAAUAAAACUAAGUGGCACAAUCUUUUGAAGAUAGCCUACCCACAUAUAUGGAAUGAAAAUUUGCUUGCCAUUAUGUUGCUGUAUAGACACGCUAAGCAUUGUUGUAUGUACCAUGCUACAAAAAUCUUUUCAAAUUCAGUGUAUUAUAGUUAUUGGUAACUUUAAUCAACUCGGAUGUGAGCCGAUGGUUUUUAUUGCCAAA